CACUUUCAGUUGCUUUCGAACACAGGAAGCGACUGAUCUGCCGCGUCGGCAGAUCGCGAGAUGAUGCCGAAGUAGUUGGUCGUCCCAUUGCAGCGACCAUGGGCCGUCCACGGCCCCAUGUGGCCAGCCACAUGACGUUGACCACUGCGCUGAGUCGUUUGAGAGGCUAUACCAAGGGGUGCGACAUGCCCAGCGAAAACGACAUGGAAGUCGCCGAGGACCUGGCCUUCCACAAAGUCCAGGAGGAGGAGCGUCUGCAGCAGGAGCGGCGCUGUCCCUCGCUGCGCUCCAUCCCGCGCUUCUACGAGCGCAAGGCUGCCCCCUUAGACGAAUCGACCUCUCUGCGUCCGAGGGUGCUGCGGGAAGCGCGCUCCCGUCUGUUGCAGCGGAAGAGUUCCAAGGAGUUGCUAGACGAAGAGGACCUGCAUGCUAUCUUGGCGCUCUUGAAGGAGCAUGCCCGCAGAUCCACUGACAGGGAUCAAUCCGACGUGGAGGUCAUUGACUACCAGGCCUUCUGCGACAUUCGGAAGGAGCUGCUGAAGCGAGGGGAGCGCUUCAAGCAAUACUUGGUGCCCUCGAGUUUCUUGAAGUUCCCCCGGGACCCCAGCGGCUGCAUUGCCAUCGUGCCCUUCUUUACCUUUGUGGUGAGAAAGGUGAAUUUGCGGCAAACGCGUGUGCAACUGAGCUAUUACGAUGCCUUGGGCUGUGGGUAUCUGCGAGAGAAGGACAUGGAGAACUUCAUUUUUGAGAUGAUCCCUACCUUGCCGCAGUUGAACACUCUUCAAGAGGAGUUCUAUCCCUUCUAUGUCUUCACAGCGGUGCGGAAGUUCUUUUUCUUCUUGGACCCCAAGCGAACGGGCCGGGUGCGGAUCCGCGACUUGCUCUCCUCGCAGAUCCUUCCGGAAUUGCGACCAGGGGGGCUCUGGGGAUGGGGAGGGAAAGGAGUUGGCAUUUUUGCAGAGACCUCUGACAUGAUGAAGUUCCUGUCUCUUCUGUUGUUGACACCACUUUGCCUUGCACAGCCUAAUUGGUGCCAAUGGGUUCCACUGGCUUCCCAGCAGUACGUGCCGGAGUGCAGUGGCUACGCAUAUCCGAGCUACUCUGGGUUCUCAUGUGCCAGCUGGUGCCAGUGGGUACCAGGUCCAUCUUGGGGAUAUACUCCUGCAUGCCGCAGCUGCUAUCAAGUCUACUCCGGUCACUACAAAUCAGCAGCACCUCCCGCGGUGGUUCCAAAAACAGAGAGCGGUUGCAAAGCUUCAUGCCAGUGGCUUUCAAGGCCAUCGUGGAACAGCACCUCAGAUUGCAUGAAGUGCGAAGAACCUCUGGCGCUUGAAGCUAAGUCGGGAGAGACAAAACCACCACCCCCCCGCUUGAAGGUGAAAAUGCAGCGACCGGACUGGUGCAAGUGGGUUCCUCUGGGCUCUUUGCAAUACGUGGGCGAUUGCACCGGGUCAGCUAUUGGUGCCUCUGGGACAGGAGGCUGUGCCAACUGGUGUGGAUGGAGCCCAGUAUCAGCCUGGCAGUACAUCCCAGAGUGCGGGCAAUGCUCUUCAGGACUUCCGGAAGGAACUGCAGUGGCUCCAAUGACUGGGUGCGAGAACUGGUGCCAGUGGGUCUCCCGUCCUUCCUGGCAGAACGUGGGAGGCUGUGCAGGUUGUGAGGCGUUGGCAGCGAACUCAAAUGCAGGAUUUCCAGGGCAAGACGUUUCCUUGCAGACCCUGGUGUCUUAUUACUUGAAGCUGUUAGGGAACGGCAUGCUGAGUAGGGGCGAACUGGGCCGCUUUGGCAGUGGCAUGCUGACGGAUGUCUUCAUUGACAGGGUCUUUGAAGAGUACCAGACCUAUCGCGAUGCUGACACGGGCGAGCGUGAGAUGGACUACAAGACCUUCCUGGACUUUGUCUUAGCCAUGGAGAACAAGAGCACGCCACAGGCCAUUCAGUACUUCUGGAAGCUCCUGGACAUUCAUCACACCGGUUGCAUUGAUGGCUUUGUCAUCAACUACUUCUUCCGUGCCAUCGUGAAGCUUCUCCAGUCCAAAGGUCCCGACAUUGCCUCAGAGGACGAUGUGAAGGACGAGAUCUUCGACAUGGUGAAAUCCAAGACGCCUGGUGUCAUCACCCUGGAGGACUUGAUCCGUUGCCGCCAGGGCGGCACCGUCUUGUCGAUGCUCUUUGAUGCUACGGCCUUCUGGUUGUAUGACAACAGGGAGAGCCUCAUGAUCGAUCAGGAUGAUGAUGAUCUUGAUCGCUAG